UUUUUCUAUUUCUAUAUAAACCUAACCCCAUACAACCCUUUUCUUUAUUCUCUUUACUCUCUUUUUCUUCUUCUUUCUCUUCCUCUGUUUUUUUGUUCCUCUGUUUCUUGAAUAACCCAAGAACAUCAAACAACAAAAACAAUGCCGGCCGGAGGAUUUGUUACUCAGGGGGGGAAAGAAUACCCCGGAAAACUAACCCCUUAUGUUCUUGUUACUUGUAUUGUUGGUUCAAUGGGUGGUUUAAUCUUCGGUUAUGAUAUCGGAAUUUCAGGUGGAGUGACAUCUAUGCCGGAUUUCUUGUCAAGUUUUUUCCCAUCAGUAUAUGAAAAGCAAACAGCAGACAAGUCAACAAAUCAGUACUGCAAAUUUGAUAGUGCAACAUUAACGUUGUUUACUUCAUCUUUGUAUUUGGCUGCUUUGUUGGCUUCAUUGGUGGCGUCAACUGUGACAAGAAAGUUUGGUAGGAAAUUAUCCAUGUUAUUUGGAGGAGUGCUUUUCUGUGCUGGUGCUAUCAUUAAUGCCUUAGCUCAAAAUGUUGCUAUGCUCAUUGUUGGUCGUAUUCUUCUUGGUUUCGGUAUUGGAUUCGCCAAUCAGUCAGUCCCACUGUACCUAUCAGAAAUGGCACCCUACAAAUACAGAGGAUCACUCAACAUUGGUUUCCAACUCUCCAUCACAAUCGGUAUCUUAAUCGCCAACGUACUCAACUAUUUCUUCGCCAAAAUCCACGAUUGGGGCUGGAGACUAAGUCUAGGUGGUGCAAUGGUUCCCGCCAUAAUCAUCGGUAUCGGCUCCUUGAUCCUGCCCGACACCCCUAACUCUUUAAUCGAACGUGGAAAACGUGACGAAGCCAUCACGAAGCUCCGAAGAGUUCGGGGUGUUGAUGACGUGGAAGAGGAGUUUAAUGACUUGGUGGCGGCUAGCGAAGCUUCUAAGAAGGUGGAACAUCCGUGGAGGAACCUUCUAGAAAAGAAGUAUCGUCCUCAUCUAACUAUGGCUAUUAUGAUCCCCUUUUUCCAACAACUUACGGGGAUUAAUGUGAUCAUGUUUUAUGCGCCGGUGUUGUUUAAGACAAUUGGGUUUAAAGAUGAUAAUUCGCUUAUGUCUGCUGUUAUUACGGGUGGUGUUAAUGUUUUGGCUACUUUGGUUUCUAUUUAUGGUGUUGAUAAAUGGGGUCGUAGGUUCCUCUUCCUUGAAGGUGGUGUUCAAAUGUUCAUCUGCCAGAUAGCGGUGGCAAUAUGCAUAGGAGUAAAGUUUGGAGUGAGUGGAAACGUAACAAAUCUGCCACAAUGGUACGCCAUAGUAGUGGUACUCUUCAUAUGCAUCUACGUCUCCGCCUUUGCAUGGUCAUGGGGUCCAUUAGGUUGGCUUGUACCCUCGGAAAUCUUCCCAUUAGAGAUUCGUUCAGCAGCCCAAAGUAUCAACGUAUCCGUAAACAUGUUCUUCACUUUUGUUAUUGCUCAGAUCUUCUUGACUAUGCUUUGCCAUCUUAAGUUCGGACUCUUCCUCUUCUUCGCCUUUUUCGUCCUCGUUAUGUCGGUUUUCAUCUACCUCUUCCUCCCUGAAACUAAGGGAGUUCCCAUUGAAGAAAUGAGCAUUGUUUGGAAAAACCAUUGGUUUUGGGGUAAAUAUAUUCCUGAUGAAGAUCUUCCUCAUGCUGGUGCUAAUCUUGAAAUGGGUAAGACUAAGAAUGGACUUGGUGGUACUAAGUCUGUUUAUUGAUUUGAUUGUUUUGUUAGGAUUGGUUAUUAUAAUUGCAUGAAUAUACAUAAUUGUAUUUAUUUCUUUAGAUUAGAUUUAAGAUGUUAUCAUCAUGUGGUAUGAAUUGGGUUUAAGGAUGUACGCUUAUCAAAUAUAUAAUUGAAUGAACAAGCAAAUAUAAUGGUUUACUUUUUGUUUA